UGCCCCAAUCUCUGACUUCUUGAAUAUGUUCUUCCAGUCCCAACAUCGACGUGACUGCGCCGCCAAACAAGAGGAACGACGGAAGACAUUGGAUGGGUUGCCCUCGUCGUUCUUCGAGCCAUGCACAGAGCCCGAGAAUAAGGUGCUUGACUUGUCCCUAAGCGAACUAGUCCAACGCCAUAACGCGGGUUCACUGUCAACGGCGAGCAUUUUGAAUGCUUAUGGAAAGAAAGUGGUCUCCGCGCAGAAGGCCACUAAUUGCCUAACCGGGAUCAUGAUUCAAGAAGCUCUGGUCCCGAAAGUUCCAGCUCCUUCAACUGGUUCAGACGGCACAGACAUUCCCGAACAACCCGCGAAACUCCUCUCCGGUGUCCCUGUCAGCAUCAAAGACUGUAUCGAUAUCGAAGGCUACGACACUACUAUUGGUUAUUCUUCUAAAGUUAAUCAUCCCGCUUCGUCGUCUGCAGCGAUAGUCCGACUUCUUCAUGAUGCAGGGGCAAUCACUCACGUGAAGACUACCGUACCUCCCGGUCUCCUCGGACUGGAGACAUCAUCAGACCUUUUUGGGCGAACGAGUAAUCCGUAUAACAAGAAGUUCUCCAGCGGCGCUUCGACAGGUGGUGGGGGCGCACUUCUUGCAUGCAGGGGGAGUGUCAUCGAAAUCGGCACAGAUCUUGGCGGCAGCGUAAGGUUGCCCGCCCAUUAUUGCGGACUCUAUGCUAUGAGGUCUUCGAUAGGACGGUUUCCAUGUCAGGGCACGCAUUCCCCUGUACCUGGAUUAGAAUCAGUGGCUACUACAUCCGCUCCGAUGUCUCGAAGACUGGAAGACCUCGAAGAAUUUUGGAAGCGUGUUGUGGAGAUGCGGCCAUGGGAGUAUGACCAUACGUGUGUUCCAUUACCUUGGCGACCCGUAAAUCUUCAAGAGACGAAGCUGAAGUUUGGAGUCGUUUGGGAAGAUGGCAUUGUUUCUCCCUCUCCUGCUUGUCGUCGUGCUUUGGAAUGGGCCUGUGAUGCAUUGGAGAAGCAAGGCCAUGAAGUAGUUGAUUUUGUACCCCCUAGCAUCCCAGAAGGUCUGAACGCCGGACUUCAGUUAUGUUUUGGAGAUGGGGGGGCUGCUUUCUUUGGUGCUGUGCGUAAGGACGAGAAACUUGACCCCGUGAUGGUUGCUAUCAAGUCUUUGUUGGGGAUGCCCCUUUGGCUCAAGAAGUUCAUGGCAAUGGUAACGCGUAAAUCUACUGGUGAUGAGGUCUGGGCAUCUAUGCUCGAGACGAUUCACCUCAAAUCGCCGGCCGAAGAACGUGUGCUUGUCGUCUCCCGAGACGAGUACAGAGAAAAGUGGCACCAAGCAUGGGAAGAUGAAAAGUUCGACUUUUUGCUGACGGUUCCACAUUCAUUGCCCGCUAUCCCUGCUGGAACCGCAGAGAAGGUGACCCUAGUAUCUGCUGCCUACACGAUGAUUUUUAAUAUCUUGGACUUUGCUGCUGGUGUUCUCCCAGUAUCUUUUGUUGACCGCCAAUCGGACGGGCUACCGAAAGAUUUUAUGAAGAGUUCCGACUACAAGAAGAUGGGGUUGAUUUCUAAGGGUGCAUACUCUGUUUAUGAUGCCGAUAAAAUGCACGGACUGCCCCUUGGCGUGCAAGUUGUCGGAAGGCGUUUUGAGGAAGAGAAAGUCUUGCAGGGGAUGAAGAUCGUUGAAGAUGCUCUCGAGGCAUGCGGUCGUAAGUUCAUUCCUCGGGAAUUUUAGGGUGACUUUGAACCCCGUUAAAUUGGAACUUGACUUAUGUGAUAAACUGUGCACUAUUUUUGUUUAUUGUUAACUGUCCAUACUUCAUGUCCCCGUAGUCGUCGUACUGCCAUGACCUUGUAAUGAUUAUCCCGACUCCACAAGGUGGGGAGCCUCGGUUCUGUAUGCACGAA